AUGAUCAUCCCGCCUCAAAAGUCCCACUGCGUGCCCCUGUUCGACUGCCUCGAGCAGUUCUUCGCCAAGGAAGAGCUCGACCACUGCGAGCAGUACAUGUGCGCUAGAUGCGGCGAACGUCGCCCCUCCACCAAGCAGCUUUUCCUAAAAUCGACGCCGAAUGUGCUCUGCCUGCACCUGAAGCGUUUCCGCUGGGGCAGCCAUCGCGGCAAGCUCGACUACAUGGUGGAUUUCCCGUUGGAAGGGCUCGACAUGACGCCCUAUAUGGCGCCGAAUACGGGUCGCGGCGAGUCGCACGUCUACGAUCUGUGCAGCAUCGUCGUCCAUCAGGGAUCGGGAAUCUCCUCCGGCCACUACACAGCCUACGGCCGAUCGGGCGGCCAGUGGUGGCACUUCAACGACGACCGCGUCAAGCUGUCCACCCCGCCCGUCGUCCUGAAGCAGAAGGCGUACCUCCUCUUCUACAUGCGACGGCAGAACACC